UUCUAUCAUCGUAGAUGGAGUUACUGUUGUGAAAAGAAGUCGUAUCAGUAUCAUGGUGGUUGGCUAGCUUCCUUUCUGUAAUCGUUUUUGUAAGAUUAGCAUCAUGCCGCCUAAAAAGGAUACCAAAAGCUCUUCUAAGCAGCCUCAAAAAACCCAGAAAAAAAAAGAGGGUGGAUCUGGUGGAAAAGCCAAGAAGAAGAAGUGGUCCAAAGGAAAAGUACGUGACAAGUUAAACAAUCAAGUUUUAUUUGAUAAACAAACUUAUGAAAAAUUGUUGAAAGAAGUCCCACAAUACAAAUUGAUUACACCUUCCAUUGUCAGUGAAAGAUUAAAGAUCAGAGGAUCUCUUGCUCGACGGGCAUUGAUAGAGCUUCAGCAGAAAGGGCUGAUCAAGCAAGUUGUUCAGCAUCAUGCACAAUUAAUCUAUACAAGAACUACUAAGGGAGAUGAUCCAGCAGUUUGAAUUGUAAAUUCAUUUUAAUAAAAAUUUUAUAAAACCAUAAAAA